GUUGCUUUCUCUCUCUCGGUUAGCGCGAUGGGGUUAAUCGCGGAGUCCAGGCGCAGCAAGUCCGUGCGUCUUUCCUGACGCUCGCUCCGGAGGGUCGCGGGUGGCGCGGCGCAGCGCGAGGGCACUGCCUGAACGGGUUUUUCUCCUGGGCACCGGCGAGCCCUGCUCGUUUUCCUCGUCCUGUGUGACCGAGGCGAGCAGGAUGCGGAGGGCGUAAGCCGGGACGCGGCUGCAACUCGUGGGGUGUGUGGAAGUGCAGAGGCGAAGUUGCAGCCUCGCGACGAGCUGCCUUGACAGAUCCCCCGAGAGGCAGUUACAAAUCUGGAAGGAUCUGCGAUAGCAAAGCAUCUACAGUAGGGUCGCUGCAUCAUCAGCAAAGAACUACAAAGGACGUCAACGUGAGGACACCGGGCGCAGCCGACAUGACUUCAAGUUGCAUCAUUCCAGUGCUUGUUUUGAUGAUGGGAUGUUUGGCAGCUGCAGGUCCAGUGCCUGCAAAUGAGUGUGUAUUGUCACCUGUCAACAGUUCACACCCAGUUCAAGCCUUGCUGGAGAGCUUUACAGUCUUAUCUGGCUGUGCAACCAAAGGGACUGCUGGAUUGCCACAGGAAGUUCACGUCCUCAAUCUUAGGAGCCCCGAAGAAGGUUUUGGGCACCAUGAAAGAGAGGUCGCCUUGCAUUUGAAUCCAAUUUCUUCCAUUCAUAUCCACCAGAAGUCACUGGUGUUCUUACUGAACUCUCCCCUGCCCUUGGUGUGGAAGGUGAAAACCGAAAGGCUUGCUCCAGGGGUUCCAAGACUUUUCAUUGUUUCAGCAGGUUCUAUUGUGACCUUUGAGAAAGAAAACUUCUCCUUGUCAGCAAAAAUAGAGGAAAAGCCCCUUCCACAAGGAAAUAAACAUCUAUUAGAGUGGGCCCAAGAGGAAUACGGGGCAGUAACAUCUUUCACCGAACUCAAAAUUUCUAGAAAUGUUUACAUCAAAGUGGGAGAAGAUCAAUUUUUUCCCACAACCUGCAAUAUAGAAAAGAACUUCAUUUCUCUGAACUACCUUGCGGGCUAUCUACAGCCAAAGGCAGCAGAAGGUUGCAUUGUCUCCAGCAUUGGCCAUGAAAGAGAAGUUCAUAUAAUUGAGCUGAUCACACCAGACUCUAAUCCAUACAGUGCUUUCCAGGUGGAUAUCAUCAUCGACAUUCGACCAUCCCGGCCAGACGCUACACUUGUCAGGGAUCUUGUACUUAUCCUCAAGUGCAGACAGUUUGUCAAUUGGGUCAUCAAGUCACAUCAUGUUACGGGGAAGCUGGAAGUGAUCGCAGCAAACAGUGUUGGCUUUGGAAAAGAAACGGAACGCUCCAUGAUGAUGACUAAAACCAUAAUUCCGGACAUCCCAUCUUCUCACGAGACUUUGAUUACGUGGGCUUAUGGCCAUGGCUACUAUCCCGUUAUUUCCUAUACAAAAGCACCUGUUGCUAAUAGGUUUCAUCUACGGCUUGAAGACAUUGAAGAAAUGAAUGAUGAGGAAGACCAUCUCCUUCCACCAGAGCUGAAGGAACUGCUACGUGGCACCAACCCUCACCCUGUUCCAGUGCCACCCUUAGAUGGCAGCGUUCGUUUUGACUUCCGUCCUGACAAUCACGAGAGAAACUUGCCAUCAGUUGAUACAAUGGACACCAUCAUGGCCAAUCAUGGCUUUGACCAACUUCUUCCAAAAGUCACAGAACCAGAAGAAGUGCAGGGGAGUGUUGAUGUUGCCCUGUCGGUAAAAUGUGAUGACACAUCAAUGACUGUAGCUGUAGCAAAAGACUCACUGGAGGCUAGUGGCUACAUUGGGACACAACUUUCCCUGCUGGAUCCCAAAUGCAGAGCUAAGGCAAACAGGACCCAUUUUAUUUUAGAAUCAUUGCUUCAUGACUGCGGGACUCGACGGAUAUUCUACCCUUUGGAUAACAUCGUAUAUCUGAAUUCUAUUGUUAUUCAGCUGUCAUCACCAAUUGAAGCCAGCGGAUGGGGGAUGGAUUAUGAAGACAUGGAAUCGGGGGAUAAUGGAUUCCCUGGAGACACUGAUGAAACAGACAUUUCCAAUCGGCCUGAAAUUGUGGUGUUCAACUGCACGUUCCAUCAACCCAGAGCUCCUCAGUCUCCUGUCCACUGGCCAUCUGAAACACACAUCGGCAAUGUGACUUUUGGCAUGGAACUUUAUGAGACGGCCCUCUUCAGUACCCCAACUCAAGGUUUCUUCUCCAUUGGAGAGAAUGACCAGAUUUUUGUUGAGAUUUCCGUGACCAAGGCUGAGAGAUCCCUGGGCUUUGCAAUCCAGACAUGCUUUAUUUCUCCAAAUUCAUACCCUGAUAAAAUCUCAGAGUAUACCAUUAUUGAAAAUAUUUGCCCUAAAGAUGAAUCUGUAAAAUUCUACAAUAUUCCAAUGGCCAAUUUUCCUAUAGCCAGUGCCCAAACGGACAAAAAGCGUUUUAGCUUUGUGUUCAAAUCCAUAUUCAACACCUCCCUUCUCUUUCUGCACUGUGAAGUGGCCUUAUGCACAAAUAAAGAAAAAGAUACUCAAGGACUGGCAAAGUGCAUCCCUCCUGACGAAGCCUGUGACUUUCUCAGUGUUGAUAUGAUCCUGGCAAUGAUGCAGAACAAGAAGACCUUCACCAAACCCCUUGCUGUGAUAACUCCUAAAGGGAAGUCAGAAGAUCAAUCUUCGUACCCCAAACCACCUGAGGGGUUACCACCUGUCUUCUAUGGCCUGGACAGUGUGACAGUUGUGGGUAUUGCCUUUGCUGCUUUUGUGAUUGGUGCACUGCUCACGGGAGCAUUAUGGUUCAUCUAUUCCCACACUGGAGAACCAGCAGGAAAGCAGCAGGUCCCCACAUUGGCCCCCGCCUCGGAAAACAGCAGUGCAGCCCACAGCAUUGUCAGCACACAAAGCACACCCUGUUCCAGCAGCAGCACGGCCUAACCCAGGGGCAGGAGGCACGUCCACGGAGCAACGCAGGAGAGCAGGAGCUGUUCAGGAGGUGUUGCUUGUUGUUUGCUGUGACUGGUUUGGAUUCUUUGGCAAAAUGAGGAGGGAUUUUCUUCAUUGUUGUGUCUUUCCUGGACAAACAUGGUCCUUGGACUUUUUGCAGCAUGCUUGGCUAACACAUGACAAAGCUACUAUUUAUAUACAUCUGUGGACUGAGUAGAAGAGUCCACGGGCUCUCAAUGUGAAACACAAGCCAGGUUUUCGCCCCCAUGAAUGCUGCUUUGUCUGUACAGAAUCGAGAUGUUAUGUUCCACAAAUGUCAAGGUGACACAAGGGAUCUGUAAAGGGAUUUCAGUCUCAUAAGCUGGGGUAAAGGCUUUGUUUUCCAUCUCCCCACCCCAAGACUUUCCACCACCCUUUAGUCAGGGGAUUCCAUCUCUUCAGAACAAGAACAUUGCAAACACAGAGUGAUUUGCCAUUAAAGAUAAGAACGCGUAUUGAUUUUUGUAGCUGCGCAUGACCACUCCUCAGCAGCUCCUUCUCGAUGAUUCGUAUCAUUGUUGAGCCAGCAACAGCCACAUUUUGUCCCUGCUGAAAGGAUUUGCAUCCUCUUAAGUUUAACUUUUGGGAUACCAGCAGAGACCAAUGCCAUAGAACUAUGGGUUAAACAAAACGUUGAUUAGUUAUUUCUAAAGACACACACUUAUUCAUACAUCCAGAAGCUUGCUUAUAUACAUAAUGCAAAAAAUCAGAGAUGUUCCGGUUCUUCGUUUGCCCCCUAUCCUUAUUGGGAACUCCCAAUUUUCAUUCAGAACCUGUUUGUCUCAUCUCCUUACCCAGAAAUCAUUUCCAGCACAGUGUCUAUUAUCUGUUAUAUGUAGUCUGGGAAUUUGCCUGUAAGGCAUCACAGAAAUAGCUUGCCUCAAAGGUUUGUUUCAUACGUGCCUGCAAGCAUACAGAGCUCCUGCACAUGCAACAGUGAAUAAGGAAAGCCCAUGUUUACCACACCUAGCAUGUCCACACAGAAGCACUCUGGAGCUGUAUUCUGAGGGUUCUGGCAUACGCCAGAAUGCCAAAUGUACAUAGUUAGCACAUGUGUGUGCACAAUGAGGUUAUACAAGCCAGUGAGCCAAUUCUGAACCUUUGGCACACCUAAAUAUACUCUAGCAUAAGAGGAAGUGCCAAAAAUCAGGAGAAAUGUAGAAAAGAAAAUGGCCAAUCAAGAAAGGUUCCAGUGUUUAACCAAGUCAAUGUCUAUUGCGAGGGAGAUGGUUUUUGUUUGUUGACUCAUGGUGACCUAGAAGUAUAUUCUUUCUAGUACCAGCAUUUCUGAAUUUGAUGCAAUCAAGUACCAGCAUUUCUUAAUUUGAUGCAAGGACAUCAGAUGUGUUCACAGUUUGGAAGUGACCCACAUAGCUGAGCUUUUAAAUUGAGCAAUGAUUUUAAUAUUCUCAUAUGACCUCCAUCACAGAACAAGGCUGUACAAUGUCUGUAUUAUCACCUAGUCUUUUCAUCAAAAAGUAUUUGGGUCAGGCCUGAAUUCUUCGUGGUUCCGAUUUUUCCUUAAUUUUAUGGUGACUUUAUCUUUCCAGAGGAGACAAAUGUUAAGUGAAUUGUUCUGUAUGACUCAUAGUGUAUCAGAAUGAACUGACUCCUUAAAAGCCCCUCUACAUUUUGUACCCACUAGCUAGUUAGUCAUCUCAACAUUGCAAGUUGAUAUAUUCCAACAUAGCAGUUGGAAUGCAAAACUGGUACUAAUAUUUACAAUAUUCUUAGAAUGCCUACCUCACCUCCCCCUAGCUGUAACAUGCCUACCUAAUGAAAACCGGAGAAAAUUAUUGGAAACUAUUGGAAUAUUAAGCUGUCACUUUAUGAAUUGAAAGAUGUCCUUCUGGUUCCUUCCUUGAGAAAGCAAACUAAGUCCCACUUCCCUUUUGCAGACAACCAAACAUUGCUCUUAUAACCUUCUAUGGAAAUUGCUCCCCCACCUCCUUUGCUGGACCAGACAUUUUUCUAAAGAACCAUAGUGUUCAACUUGCAAGAGAAUUCUACUACAGAUUCAAGCUGUGGGGAUAUAUUCAUAUCGGUGAAUAAUUGAGAUCAGAAUGAGUAUGAUAGAAGUGGCAUGGACAAGAAUACAUGAUUGUUAUCUUCAAUCAGGAGUUUGAACGGCAUCCUGUAAAUACUUUCCCAUGUCAGUCAAAUCCUUAAGGUUGAGGGUUCAGAUCGAACUGAGUUUGAACUGCGAUCAAGAAAGGUGGUGGGAUGGAAGGCAUGUCACCAUCUGGCCUUUUUGGUUUGCUUGCUUACUUGUUCAAAGGGGAACACAAGAAGAGUUGGGGAUUUAGGACAGCUCCUCCUCCCCAGAAAACAUGAAUAGAAAACCCCAUUGCUACUCAUAUUACUCAAAUUAGUGAGACAACCUCAAAUUACUGAGGUUGCCAGCUGACCGGAAGGCUCUCAUUGAAACAGGUUGUUCUUCUUCGUGGUCUCUGUGCAUCACACAUAAUGGGUACUGUGCCUGUGCAGUGCCUGUUGUCGGCCAGAAUACCAAAGCUACAACGGUUUUUGGUGGGAACGCCGCACCCCUCCCCCCUGGUGCUAUAUAGGGCGGAGCGCCUGCCAUUUUUCUCAGUCUUCUUUCGACCACUGAUCACAUUGCCUCGAGCCAUUACUCUGUCUUCUCGUACCUGAUUGUUGUUCUCUUAAAAAUUUUCCAGUUGAAUCUAUCCAAGUUAUUUUCCCUUGUUUCCCAGUUAAUUCUCUUCCUCUUUACACCUUCCAAAAAAAAAAGUUUAAUAUCUCUUUUUUUCCUUACCUUUACUAUCUCCUUCUUAUCUUCUCGAUGGCUCAGCGCAUGACUGUUUGAAAGUGUUCAAAAUGCGGGGCCAAAAUGUCCCCAGAGGACCCACUUGAGCUCUGCCUCCUCUGCUUGGGAGAGCGGCAUCACACCGACAAAUGUGGGCACUGCCAGGCCUUCGCUAAACAGGCCAGGAAAAACCGAGACAACAGGCUGAGAAAGAUCCUUUGGGAUCAGGCCUUACAAGCCUCCAACGAGCUCGUCGCCCAGCCUAUAUGGCCCGCCCUUCUAUGGUGACCUCCCCUCGCCCACCGUCCAGGGGAGUUGCUUCCGAGGAGACCUCUCGCUCCUCCCACUCCUCACUCAAACAAAAGGAGAAGCGGAAGCAUUCUGUCCAUGGGGAUCCGUCUGUCCCGAAGGAAGCCAAAAAAGAUAAGUCGGGCAAGGCUAGCUGGAAGCAUAAGCUUGCUCCAGAAUCACAGAGCGAUUCGGAUUCGACCGCCCCAUCGGUCCAGACAGCACCAUCGAUCCUGACACCCUCUGCACCAACACCAAGGGCGUUGAUGCAGGUGAUGCUGCCUGAAUCCCCACAAAAGGUUGAGCCUGCGGUCCCAAUGAUGUUGCAUCCACCUGAACCCGUCGUUCAUGGGUCUAUGUCGGAUGGAGAGAUCCAAGACUCUCCUCCACGAUUGUUGCCGUGCCAUCAACUGGCCCGCUGUCCAACUCCAAUGCCAUCCUCUCCGGAGGCCCCUCGGAGGACCACGGUGGUCGAACCCCACCAGCACCGCCACUCAUCUGGUCAAUCUGCCAGAUCAUGGGUCCUGAUGCCUUACGAAGGUCCGGAAUCCUCACAACCUCACUAUUGGAGACACCCACCCCCAUACAGCUACUACCAACCGAGGGAAUAUAGACAUCGAUCCCAACCGACAAGGGCUGAAGCUCCUUCUACUUCAGCACCGACGACCUCUCACCAUCCUCCUCCUCUGGCUCAAUCAUCCUCCAGUCUGCCAUACCCAUAUGACUCGGACUCUGAGGACUUGGAUGAGUGUUCUGCAUCCCCUGCAGCAGUCAUCUCCACCCAGGGACCUGGGUUGCCUGAAGAAUCCUACACUACCUUUGGCGAACUUAUGGACCGCUUAACUAGAGCCUUGGAGAUUGAAGUUGAGCACCAGCCCAACAUUAACAAGGACAACUUCUAUGAUAUUGUCCGUAAAGAACAAUCAUCCACUGUUACCAUCCCAUUAAUUACAACCAUCCCGUUAAUUGCAACCCUCCCAACCAGCCUCAAUCGACAUCUAGGAGGUAUGAGUCCAUGUGCAAAGUCAAAGAGCAAGAUAUUCCCUUCCUCUGAAACAUCCGAAGCCCAACUCCAUUGUGGUCGAGUCUUCCCAGGGGCGAGACAACAGGGAACACUCAGCCCCUAGGGACAAGGAAGGCAGAAAAAUUGACCUUAUGGCUCAGCAGAUUUAUGCGGCUAUGGGACUGGGCUUGAGAAUUUCCAACUACAAGGCAACGAUGGUGAGGUAUCAGUAUUUUCUGAUGCAGCGGUUGGAUUUGAUCACCUCGUCCAUCCCAGAGCAACAACGUGACCUGGCCCAGGUUUUCAUAAGAGAGGCUAUGUAGCUCGUGAUUCAACAGCUCACUACAGCCCGCCGUCAUGUUGAUUGCGAUUCAUGCACUCUAGUUGGCUCCGUCAUUCUCCGAAGGCAUGCCUGGCUAUGCUCCUGUAAUUUUCCAGAGGAAACCAAGCGACGGAUCGAGGGGAUGCCUUUCGACAGAUCGGGCCUCUUCCACGACCAGACAGACCACAAGCUCGAGCAUACUUAAAAUGCUUGGGCUAUCGCUAGGAAGAUGGAAAUCCCAGGCUCGACCCAUCGUAAGUGGCAUCAAUCUCACUAUCCAAGAUAUCAACCUUACCACCGUUUCCAGCCACGCCAACAAUUUCCCCAGUGGCAACAACGAAACUGCACGCAACCAGCUACCCAAUAUCAACAGGGCCGCCGCCGCCAACCCACCGAUAAGAGGCAACGUUUGAUAAGAGGCAACAAGUUUGAUGUCAUACCCCCUUCGGGUCCGGUAUUAUAUACCGCCCCAUCGGAAAUUCUUAGAGACGAAGUAUCUCAGCUACUCCAUAAGGGAGCAAUCCACUGAAUCUCCCAUUCCGAUGGACUCUGCAGUUUCUACUCCAGAUAUUUUACGGUACCUAAGAGGGAUGGUGGCUUAUGCCCCAUACUUGAUCUAAGGGGCAUUAAUGCCUUUAUUACGACUAAGAAGUUCCGUUUGACCACCUUACAAAAUAUCCUCCCCCUGCUAGAGAGAGAUGAUUGGUUCGUGUCCAUUGAUUUGAGGGAUGCCUAUUUUCAUAUCGGUAUCCACCCAUUUUAUAGGAGGUUUCUCCGCUUUACUGUUGGCCCUGACAUUUUUGAAUAUAAUGUUCUUCCCUUCGGACUUGCUACAGCCCCCAGGAUAUUUAUCAAGUGCAUGGCUCCGGUAUGUGCUCACCUUCAUCAACAAGGUGUUCAAAUUUAUCCAUAUUUAGACGAUUGACUCAUCGUCUCUUCUUCCUGGGACCGACUUGUUAUAGACAUUGACACUACGUGCACCCUCCUAGAGAACUUGGGGCUUCUCAUUAAUACUGGAAAUUUCCUGUCUCAUUCCUUCGCAGGUCAUCGAGCUCAUCAGGUCACAAACCAGUUCAGUCCGGGCACGAGCAUUCUUACCACGGACCUGAAUGGAAAGACUCUGUUCCAUAGUCGGGCAGGUUCAGGAAGGCGGACAAGUUCAAGCACUGGUUAUCCAAAAGCUUCUGGGCCAUAUGGCUUCAACAAUCAUAGUUGUUCCAAAUGCCAGACUACGAAUGCGACCACUUAAGCUGUGGUUCAACACUGUGUUCCAGCCCCUCCACAAUUCCCCGAGGUGACUUCUCCUUCCCCCCGCCUUGGUUUGCCAGACUUUGACUUGGUGGAUGAACCCCGACAAUCUCCUCGUCGGCGUUCCAUUUCACCAGCUACAACCCUCCAUUUCACUCCAUACCGAUGCGUCUCUCACGGGUUGGGGAGCACAUUGUUCCAACCUACAGACACAGGGUACCUGGCAAACACACGAGAGGCCCAAUCACAUCAACUUUCUCAAGUUGCUGGCAGUUUUCAAGGCACUACUCUCCUUCGAGCCCAUGCUGCAGAACCGGUCGGUACAGGUGGCUUCUGACAACACAGUUAAAAUUUUUUACCUGAACAAACAGGGUGGUACAAAGUCGGUACCAUUGGCUCAACUGUCCCUACAGAUUUGGGACUGGUGUGUCCCCAGAGGGAUUUCGCUCAUGGCAAUCCAUCUGGCAGGAGUAGACAACCAAGAGGCAGACACCCUGAGCAGGAAGUUGUCGUCAACCCACAAGUGGGAAUUGGACAACCAAGUUUGCAAAGACUUGUUCAGCCGGUGGGGCACCCCGACAUUGGACCUGUUUGCGACAGCUUCCAAUUCGAAGUGCACGACCUAUUGCUCCAGGGUGGGAUCAGGGCCGAACUCACAAGGGGACACCUUGAUGGUGAGUUGGUCGGAUUUAUUCCUGUACACCUUCCCUCCAAUCCCGUUGAUUACCCGCACCCUGGAGAAGGCUGCCCGGACCGAGCACGGGUCAUCCUCAUUACACCAUGGUGGCCCCGUCAACCCUGGUUCUCGACCGUUCUCAAACUGUCACGACACACGUUCUUCCAUCUGCCACGGGUCCCUCAUCUGAUUACACAAGGGAGAGGGACGAUUCUUCAUCCCGACCUCAACACCCUCAACCUUACCGCGUGGCUCCUGCACUAACUGCCUCUGUUAACCUGCGAAGUCUCCAACAAGAUACUUCGGUCUCGACAACAGAGUCUCAGUCGGUACUGAAGGGCCUCACUCAGGUCUCCUCUGAAGCUGCAUCAUCUCAACAAGAAAUUGAGUUUAUACUACAGUCUGCUCUUCAACCAUCCACUCAUCGAUCGUAUGAGGCAAAGUGGAAGCGUUUUAUCACCUUUAUGGAAGCCAACCAUUUUGCUCAUGAAUUGGCUUCCAUCGAUACCAUCCUUUCUUUCUUGCUCUCCUUGCACCAGUCUGGACUUAAACCUACCUCCAUUAAGGUUUACAUCGCAGCUAUAUCCCACUUCGUGGCCCUCUGGUUCAUCUGUGUUUUCUCACAUGCUCAUUUGGCGCUUCCUCAAGGGGCUACAAAAUCUCCAUCCUCCGACCCAACCGUCAAUACCGACUUGGAGUUUAUCAGUAGUUCUCCUUGCACUCACCAAAGCUCCUUUCGAACCUCUUGCAACGACAGAAUUAAGAUUACUAUCUUGGAAGGUGGCCUUCUUGGUUGCCAUAACCUCGGCAAGAAGGGCAAGAGAACUCUCCGCCCUCCGUGUGGACCCACCAUACCUUAACUUCCACAAGGAAAAAGUAGUUCUGCAUACAGAUCUGGUGUUUCUUCCUAAGGUGGCCACAGCAUUUCACAUUAACCAGGACAUUGUGCUUCCAGCAUUCUUCCCUUCCCCGUCCACCCCAAUAGAAAAAUCUCUCCAUUCCCUUGAUGUGCAUCAGUGCCUAGCCUUCUAUUGGUCACGCAGUGAGAGCUUCAGAAAAACUAAACACCUAUUUGUCAAAAACUCCGAAUCUGACAAGGGUGCUCCUCUCUCUGCCCAGAGGCUAUCGAAAUGGAUAGUCCAGACUAUUGAACUUGCAUACCAGCUGGCCAAGAUAGACCUUCUGGUUGCCCCUAGGGGUCAUUCUACUAGACCCAUGGUGCCCCCUCGGCCUUUUCAUCGGGCGCCCCAUUGCUGGACAUUUGUAAAGCUGCUACAUGGACAACUCCCUGUACCUUCACCAGGCACUACAGGUUGGACGUUUGAGCCCAACAGGAUUGCUCCUUCGGACAGGCUGUCCUUUCAUCCAUCCUUCACUGACGACAAUGACCCACCUCCGGUGAGUGAAACUUGCUAAUUACCCAUUAUGUGUGAUGCACAGAGACCACGAAGAAGAAAGUCAGGUUGCUUACCUGUAACUGUCGUUCUUCAAGUGGUCAUCUGUGCAGUCACACAACCCGCCCUCCAGCCCCACUCGGUGUCGAGGGACGGGAUGGUAGUCUCUCUCUAUUGACUCGUCUUCUAGAUGACACGCUCCACUAGGGGGCGAUCUGCCAGUCUCCAGAGACUGAGGAAAAUGGCAGGUGCUCCGCCCUAUAUAGCACCAGUGGGGAGGGGUGUGGAGUUCCCGCCAAAAACCGUUGUAGCUUUGAUAUUCUGACCGACAACAGGCACUGCGCAAGCACAGUACCCAUUAUGUGUGACUGCACAGAUGACCACUCGAAGAACGACAGUUUCAGGUAAGCAACCUGACUUUCUGUUCCCAUCUUUUAAUAGCAGAUACAUAAGCAAUAUAUUUCAUUUCAUGGAGAUGACAUGAUGUCUUGUAAUUACUUUACAUCAAUGCACAGCUCCAGAUGUUAGUCCAAACAAAAGCCUGCAUCCCUGGAACUGGGUGCACAGUGUCAGUUCCUCUGCUAACCUUCAACCUUGUUAUCCUUUAUCCCAUUUCAUAGCAAUUUAUGCUGGCAAAGGGAGCAAAAUUGAGGUCUUGGCAGAUUUGGAAUGUAUCAGAAUGAAAUUGGAAUUAAUAGAAAUAAAUUACUGCCUUUCUCAAGUGUUUGCAGGACUGGAUCAGUGGGUGGUAUCUGGACAGCCAAUAUGCUGCCUGUAUAUUUAAAGUUAAUGUGCUUUGCCUAACCUUCAGCUGAAUGUAUUAUAUAAUCAUAUAUGUACGGAAACUUUUUAAAUGUCUUCAAAGAAGACUAGAGUCCUUAAGUUGAUGAUAGUUAUAUUUUAUUACAUUAAAUGUGGAUAUAUAAAGAUAUAUAUAUAUAUAUAUAUAUAUAUAUUUAAAUAUAAGUGGCUUUAUAUCAGAUGUUUAAUUUCAGUAACUGUGAAUUUUUCUGUUUUGUGCAUCCUUUUCCCAGUUUAACCCUUUCCCCCUCAGAUUAAAAAGAAAAGUAGAGUAAUACAGGAAGUAUUAUAAAUUUGGUUGUUGGGAUAAAAGAUUAAAACUGCAUAAAAUAAUUAAAUGUAUAUUUUUGAAAGAGAGAGGCUACAUUAUCAAUAUUUCUAUCAAAAUUUACUCUAAAGAACUAGAUAUAUAUUUCCAGAUGUACAAAAUAAAAAAGCAAUAUUUACAAGUAGGCAAGUGGCUUUUUAAGACUUAUAUUCAAGAUUAAAAUAUAAUUGAUUGACCUUGAUGCACUUAACUGAGAAUAUUUCAGAAUCUCACUUUAUUAUAUAGUGACUAUAUUAUAUCUACUUUAUUAACACCUUGAGUUAAUGAAAAAUUCUUACUAGUUAAUUAGACAGUUCAGCAAAUUCCAAAUGCAAAUAAUAACCCUAAAAAUAAUUGUUGUCCAUUAAGUUUAGAAGGAUCAUGCACAUGUCUUUGUUCAUGUACCUUCAUCCAGGGAUGUGCAUAUACUUGGAUGCGUACACAGAUCUCUUGAUGAUGUGGGCUGAGGCCAUUCCACGUGUGGCUUCAUUCCAUUUCUAGAAUGGGAAGCUCUUGGUGAGAGAAUUCCAUGCAUGCCAAAAAAAAAAAAAAAAAAAAGCUUCUGUGCCCAUCCCUGGAUCAAAGUAAUAGACUGUAAAGGCCAAGAGUAUUGCUGUAAAAGUUCUGAGUUCGGUGAUACUGCUGGACUGAGCUAGACAGACACACUGCAAAAAAGGGAAUUUCGUUGUACGCGACUUUGCUGCAUGACUGAACAGUGCCUUUUUCCAGAGUCAUUGAUGUCUGUGUUUCUGUUACAAAUGUAAACUCUACAUUUUUAUGUCAUGUAUUAUUCACUGCAAGUAUUUUAUGCUAUACUAUUUCAUUUCAUGGUGUGUAUCAGUGUUAGGUUUUGUUUUGUCAUGAAUUUUGUCUUGCCUAGUUAACAAACCAUAAAACUGUGCAAGUAGCCAGCCUGGAGGCUGGGCAUUGUCCAGCAGGAAUGUCUUCUGCUCCUGGUUUGGCAUUUCAAAGGGAUUGUGUCAAAAGCUCUUUGAAAAUGCAUGAAUAUAAUGGCUGCAGGAUCAUACUUGACCAUAAGCUAGUUGAAACACUCAAUGCAUUCUAAAAGUUCUGUGAGGCAAGACUUCCUGUUUGUAGGUAUCAUGCUGACUCUUAACACUGCUUGGGCUUUGGUGCAUUCAGCAAUUUUACCUUUAAUAAUUUUUCACCCAAAUCGCCUUGGACAAGUCUUAGAUGGCAUGAUUUCUAUAUAAUCACCUUCCCCAUUUUCUUCUUCAAAAAACUACUGCUAAUAUUUGUGGUCUCCUGAUCCUCCGGGUUUGGAAGUUGAUUUUAAUAAGCUUUGUUUAAGGAGAGCAAUUUCACAUUUGAGUCUUUGAAGAGACACUCGGUGAACAUCGCCCAGCCCCAGUAUGUUUGUCUGUCAUUCACCGGCUUUAACAUGCCAUUGUUUGUGUUGACAAUUUUUUCAGGGAGAGCAUUUCAAGAACUAAAAGGAUAUCUCACCAACAAACUUUCACAGCAAAGAAUGAUAGAAUUAAUUACAUCUAUUUCUCCAUCCCUUUUAAUUACUCCUUCUCAUAUUUAAAAAAGUAAAAAAUGAUCUUUAAGUAAAGAUGAUUACUUAUGAUCUUUAAGUAAAAAAGAUCAUAGCACCUACAUGAUCCAGAUAUAUUUGCAGAUACAGAUAUCUGGAUGGUUUGUUUUAUGCUAUCCCCAUUAGCACUUCAGAUUCCUUCUUUGCCUUAUCAGUUUACAUAUAUUUAAUGCUUGCCUACAUGAGGUGGUUUCUUGUGGUGGAACUGAUAAAAUUCGGAAGGCAGAAUUGAUGUUUCAGAAAAAAUAUUUCUUACUGUAAAGCAUUAUUCCAAAAUGAAUCAACUUCACUGAACUUUGCCUGUCAUGUUCAUAUAUUAUCUAAUGAAUAGCUCAUGCCUUUUCAAAUAUUUUGCAUCUGGCAGCUGUUACUUUACUGUCACAAAAUGUCAAAAUGCCAUGCAUUGUGUAGAGUUCACACAGAGUUCUGCAUAUCACUUUGAAAGACAAUUUUAUGUUCUCCCUCUCCUCAAGUGUCAUGAUUGUGUAAGUGCGUCCUUGUGUUUUCUAUGAUCUAUAUCUACCUCAUGCUUCGAAAAAAGAUCCUAAUGCUGAUUGUAAGUGCAGUCCAACAGGUAUUGCUAUGGCGUGUCCACCAUCAGAAUAAAUGAUGGCUGGUUCACAGCAUCCACACCUGCUGGCUUGCACUCUGUGUGAGUAGAGUAUUUUUAAUGAGGCUCGUUGGGUUUUGUUUGUCAAACCUGGGGUGUUCACAAAGCAACUGAAUCACUGUCUGGCAUCUGCCAUUUCCCAAACAAAUUUCUUUCAACUUUUUAAAAAAUGAGCCUAAUUACCUUUAUUUGUUUAACGGAGUGAGAGAAAUAUGCCUGCCUAAUCCCUGUGGCCAGUUUGAACACCCCAUGUGUCUUUGUCUCCGUAUUAUGUGUAUUUCCAAGAUCUUUGUGUAGAUGAGAAGUUGUACAGUUUUGAUAAUACCUUUGUCAUGUUACCUUGACUCUCUGUGCUUAAUAAAGGUAUAUCAGUUAGUAA